UUGUUGCUGGCAAAUGAAACGGCUACUUCAUGGAUAUCAACAUAUUGUGAAGCAGAGGUUACAGCAUUCAGCUAAUUUGAUGGCUUUUAUCCUGGAACUCAGGACAGUAUUGGAAGUGGCAUUGAAGAGCCAACCAGGAUGUCAGUCUUUCUCACCACCUCAGUAUUAUUCCCAGCUGAUAACAGAAAUGGAGAUCUUAGGAUGGGAUAAACUGCUCUUCAUCGAUGCAGAGUUCCGCACACUCAAGCUGAAGGCAGAGGACUCUGCAGGUCGUCAACACGCCAUUGCAGUCAAGCUCAAGUCCAAGUAUCCAACUGAGGCCCCAGAGUUUUCUGCAGAUCUCCCUGUUCCAUUGGUCAUCAUGUGGACCUCUCAGAGCACUUUAGCCAAUGUCCACAGUCAGUUCCUGCUAAAUGUGGAGGCUCUGUCCGAGUUCUGGUCGGUGCUGGAUGAGAUAGAUGAGCAGACAUGGGUACUGGAACCAGAAAAACCCACAAAAGCAGACUCCAUGAGAAGGAUCGCCAUUGGAAACAAUGUCUCAAUAAAGGUACAAAUUGACCCCAGACACCCCAAAAUGCUGCCGGAGUGCUGUUUGCUCGGGGCUGAGCACGUUGUCACUCCUUUAAGGAAUAAGUUGAAUGCUAAUAUGCAUUUAUGGAACCCUGACUGCAGUGUCCUACAGAAUAUGAAGGAUGUGUUGGAGAUAGAAUUUCCAUCACCUACCACCCACGAAAAAUCUAGUUUCAGUGUUGAAUGUGGCAUCUGCUACUCUUAUCGACUUGAGUCAGCUAUUCCAGAUCAGGUCUGCAAUGACCCGCGCUGUGGCCAGCCUUUCCAUCAAGUGUGUCUUUAUGAGUGGCUGAGAGGUCUGCCCACCAGUCGCCAAAGCUUCAAUAUUGUGUUUGGAGAAUGUCCUUACUGCAGCAAGCCCAUCACUGUGAAAAUGGUCACAGGAAACGCUUAACAAAAUCUGUUCAUUCAGAGUAGGGGUCAAGUGUCAUUACGGCUCC